AUGCCUUGUUCUAUAUCUAUUGAUAGAAGGGGAAAGGGGAGCAAGGCUGCAACGAAAGAGAAAUCAGAGAAAGAGGGUGUGGGAGAUCGGGUGAUGGACAAUGAGGGGCUGGGUAUCCCCCAGGCAGUCGAAUCCGUGGAAGAACGAACGAUUCUAAUCCGGACAGACCAAACAUCACAAUAUUGGACCGAACCAGAACAUAGCCCUCCGGUUCCCACCAGCAAAUUACGAGUGGGUUGGAACGAAUGGCUGCCAGACUACGCCAAUCCCCUGUCACCCUCGAUCACAUUGGAGGACUGCGAACUUUUUCACGAACAAGGCGCAUUCAAUGUCCCAGAUACCAGAAGCAGAACCGGGAUCCUGAACGCAUAUUUCCAAUUUGUGCACCCUGCAUUACCGAUCUUGAGCUCAGAAGAUUUCUUGAUGGUUCUUGAUGAGAAUUAUAACGGCAACCGGGGUAUCAGCUUGCUGUUGUUUCAAGCGGUGAUAUUCGCCGCUACUACAUUCCAAUCAAAUGAUUCUCUGGUGUUUGAGGGAUUCAAAAGCAGGAGAGAAGCUCGGCAAGUUCGAUUUCAGCGCACCAAGCUGCUUUUUUCAUACGGCUGCGAAGAAGACCGUAUCACUAUUUUGCAGUCUGCGCUGUUGUUAACAUAUUGGGACGACACUUCCGAUCAAAGCCAGGACGCCUGGCAUUUUGUCGGUCUAGCGAAGACCAUUUGGGACUCAAUAAACGCAAAACCAACAGAUUCCGAAAGGAAAUUCAUUCAACAACAACCGGGACUUUGGAGUCGAAUCUCUUGGUCGUGCUAUAUCAGAGACCGCCUAGUUUGUCUUCAAAUGAGACGCCCAUUUCAAUUUGACGAAACCGACUUUAAAAUCGAUGUCCUUCGACCUUCGGAUUUUGGAGUUGGCCCCUUGCCGACCAAGUGUUGUCUUGGAAGUGAUGGAAGUCAUCCAGCGAUUAGGGACCCCUCUAUGCGAAGUGUUUUGUCUCAAAUUAGCAUCAGUCUACUGCAAUGCUGCCAAUGUAUUACGCGUAUUCUGAACUGCCAAUAUACACCAUAUCGGGAGCCAAACCAAUCGACAAAUUCACCCAGGAGCACCCUUUUACCAAGACGUCCUCAUGCAAUGAGUGUCGAAGUCUUGCUUCGUGAUAUUGAGCUUGAAGAAUGGCUCACCACUCUACCGGAAGCUCUUCGAUGGCACUCGUCCGACCCUGGCUUUCAGAUCAGUAAGCAUGGAGAGGUUUUUAUUCAUUUCCGCGCCAUGUUCAACGGUAUCUACAGUCUUGCUUGCAGUGCUUUGCAUCAACCACAGCUUGUCAUGAGAGGUUCUAGGCUUCCGGAGCUCAUUGAGCUCUCAAAGCGAAGACUUCGCCACUCGGCAAAUACCGUCACCCAGGUGUACAAAUACAUUAGAUCCCAGAAUCUUAUUCAUUUAUUUUCAGAUUCGCAAGUCGCAAUGCUGGAAACCGCUCUCAUCGCCCAUCUGGACGAUCUCGAGUCCACAGAGUCUUCGACCCGCCAGUCAGCCAUGGAAUCUUUUCAAUCAUGUGUACAAGGAUUACAGCAUCUCGGAGAAACAUUCUCUUCUGCAACAUCAGCUCUUGGAUCCGUGAAUGCUAGUAUUCGAAAGACAGCAAUUCCACUCGAAUUAACAUAUAGCCAGUUCAAUCACACACUGGACGGCAAUAUUACCAGCCAUGACAGAACAAUUAUGAACCAACGCAACUUUAACGACCUCCCAGAAACCUUUUCUUCCUCGCCCACCAUUGCACAGCAACUCGACACCCUUGACCCCCCACAAAUGAGCAAGCUCCUUUGCUCCCACUUCAUGAUGACACCCUCAGAAAUAAGUCUCCUACAGAAUCUCGCAUGCAUGGAAGGAGGUAAUUUGGACUUAUAUUCCGAUGGUGACAUAGCUUCGGAUGAGGACUCGUACGCCUCCAGUGCCCGAGGCCUUGGUUCAUACCAGUCGCAGCUCCCAUCCAUACAAGCACCUCCACAGACCGCGAUCACAGCCCCCAAUCCCCAAGUACACCCUACAGUGGAGCCUUAUGGGCAUAGUAACGGUGACGAUGAUUGGAACAUCCUGCCGUCAUUAGUAUUCCCUUCGGAUGACGGUUCCAAGAUUCAUUAUACACCCGAUGGUGAACAUGAGGACAUGGCACUUUUUGAGGUUGGACACUACAUAAAAUUAUAG